GGGGUGGGGGCAGAGGGGGGUGUGUGGCGGAGGUGAGAUGGACAGAAGACCCAGCCAGGGGAUCCGAAGAGGAGGUGGGGGACGAGGUGAAGAGGGAUUAGCCAGGGGAUCCGAAGAGGAGGUGGGGGAAGAGGUGAAGAGGGAUUACUGUCUCAGCAUCAAGGACAGCACAAAGAUCGACCCAAGGUUCCCCCUGAGACCGGCUUCAGGUGGUGUACUCGCUCUUCGUAUUCCUUGUGAUCACGCACAAGACUGGCUGCAAUCUAUUUUCGUUCAGACAGGAAGGCAUGGAGGAGAAGGACACAGAGAAGGAGGAGGAGGAGGACUGGCAAAAACCCGUUAUGGCGCUGAAGUGACAGCAGCACACGCGAAUUCCAUUGUGUUGUUGGAGUUGGAUGUAAAGGAUGUAGAAGGAUCCAGAAGUUUUCGAGUGGACCGUGGAAUAGAUGUGAAAGUGCCGACGGAGAAGAGAUUUCCGAGGUUUUCAAAGGAUCUAGAAAUGUCCCAACUGCUGCUGGACUUGCCGGGUGAUCUUAGCGAUUUGCCUUUGCAUGUAAUUGCAGGCAAUGGGCACAGCGACGACAAUCGGAUGUUGCAAAAUUCUGCUGAUUACAGACAAGGAGUGGGUUACUUACGGAGGAUUUCAAAGUGGAUCGUCAUGAGGUAUUUGAAGCACUACUGCAGAAGACCUCGCCAAUCUAGCAUAGAGAAAAGCACUGAAGUCGGAGUUGGAAUGAAGGAUGGAACUGUCCGUUUGCGACGGCCAAGCCUCUCCUAUCUUGUACGCAAUAUACUGGACUCCUUAGACCUCCGGCAGAGAAUCCCCAGGAAGCAGACGAAAACGGCAUCGCGGCAGGUGUUGUCGGAUGUGAUAAAUCUUGCAGUUCAGAAGAACCGCGAAAAAUUUGUAAGCGCUGGCGUUAAUGAAAAGGGAAACAAUCUGAGAAGAGGAAGAAGACAAAUAACACCAGGAAUGGGGUCGCCGGCAGCUCGUUCUGCAGAGGGUGGAUUGAGUAAAACAUCUAAGCACUCCAGGGCUUUGUUGCAAGCAGGAGGGGCUGUGAACUAUGCGUCCGCGGUCCCAACUUCCAGUAAUACAUCGGCGAAUGCCAGUGAUGCUGGGGUAAAACCACCGCCGCCGACGGUGAUAACCAACUCCAACUCCGGACUGCCGGCAGCAUUGACGACACCAGAAGUAGCGACACCGUUGUUUGAUCCCUCGAUCUGCCGAGAGCAAGUAUCUUAUGAAUGCAAGGAUGGGAAGGCAUCGACUGUGGGGUUUGUGUUGAAGACAGUGCCUGCAGCAGUGUGAGUUUUCUGUUCUUUUUCUUUUCUUUUCUUUUUCUUUUCUUUACUUUUUGGAUGUGUUUUUCCUGCAUUUUUUCAGUUUUCUGUUCUGAAUUAAUGGCCGUCAUUUUUUCAGUUUUCUGUUCUGAAUAAAUGACCGUCUCAAAUUCUUCUUUCUGUUCUCUUAACCUUUUUUGUUUCUUUUUCUUUUAUUUUCUUUUUCCUUUUUUUUCUUCAUUUUUUCAGUUUUCUCUUCUGAACAAAUGACCACGUCAAAU